CGGGGCCUCGUUCCGCGCACGCGCGGCGGCGGCUCCGCCCCUCUCUGUGCCCGGGCCGCGUUCCGGUCCCCGUUCGGUUUUACCGAAUUUUACCGAAUCCCGAGGCCGCCACCGCUCUCCUUGUCCCUGAAAAUUUUAGGAUGCUCCGUCGCCGGGUGACGUUCGAGGAGCCCCCAGGGGAGGGGGAGGGGCCGGAGGAGCCGCCCCGGAAACGGCGGGCCGUGGCCGUGGGGGGUCCUGGCAGUCGAUUCCCGGCUCAGCCGUCCCUGGACAGCGACGAGGAGGAGGAGGAGGAGGAGGAAGAGCAGCGGGACGAGGGACCCCCGGUGGAGGGUCAGGAGCCAGGCCCCGCCCCCGGGGUGGGGGAGGGGCCGGUGCCCCUCACCCCCUUCAACCUGGACGAGGAGCUGGGGGAGGGGCGCUUCGACCCCGAGGGGCACUUCCUGCCCCGCCCCCAGCGCGAGCCCCCGGACCCCUGGCUGGAGCAGAUCGAGGGGCUGCCCAUCAAGCCCCGCCCCCUCCCCCCUCGGGACCCGCCCCCCUCCCCGCCCUCGCCGCCGCCCCUCCCCCUCCUGCUGGGGGAGGUGCUGGAGCUGCUCCGCCCCGGCGAGACGGUGGGCGGGGCCCUGCGCCGCUGGGCGGGGCCGGGCCAAGGCAGCAAGGGGCGUGUCCGGGGCAGGGGGCGUGGCCAGGCGCGGGCCCCGCCCCCGCCGCAGCUGGAGGCGCUGGUGGCGCUGUCGGACGCGCUCGUGGCCAGGGGGGUCCUGGGGGUCUUUGGGGAGAGCCGGGAGCGGAUCCAGCAGCGGCUGCGCGAGCUGGGGGCGGGGCCGGAGGAGGGACACGCCCACACGGCGCCGGGAAACGCCCCCGGAUCGCCCGGACACGCCCCCGGAUCUCCGGGACCAUGGGGGGAGGGACCAAAGGAGGAGGAGCGAAAGGAAGGGGAGGGGCAGAGCUCUGGCCCCGCCCCCCUGGACAUGUUCGCCCCCCCCGAGGAGGAGGAGGGGGAGGGGCAAAAGGAGGCCCUUCCCGAGGUGCUCUGGGAAUAUCAUUGGCUGCACGAGGGGGAGGGGCAAGGCGACGGCCACGCCCCCCCGGAGCUGUUCGGACCAUUCAGCAGCGCCCAGAUGCAGGAGUGGGCGUCCCAGGGGUACUUCCAGGGCGGGGGAGGGGCGCGGUGCCGGCGCGUGGACCCCCCCAACCCCCCCGGGCCCUUCUACGACUGCGGCCGCGUCGACUUCCAGCUCUACACGUGAGACGGACCCAAAAUCCCCAAAAUUCGGCCCAAAAUCCCUGCCCGAAACGUCGCCUUCCAGCUCUACACGUGAGACGGACCCGAAAUCCCCAGGAUUCGCCCCAAAACCCCUCCCCCGACACAAUAAAGGCCACUCCGAGCCCGGGUUUGGGUGGAAUUUGGA